UUCUUCUUCCUCCGGCUCUGGGCUCCGAUGUCGGGGUUGAUCGCGGCUGUGAGACACGAUGUCCCCGGGAGAAGCUCCGGUUUGACCCGUCCGGCGAGCGGCCGCUGAGUCUGUGAAUGGCGCCGAAACAGGAGCCGAAACCCAAAUUUCAAGAAGGUGAACGAGUCCUGUGCUUUCAUGGGCCGUUGCUCUACGAGGCAAAGUGUGUAAAGAUCAGCAUCAAGGAAAAGCAGAUUAAAUACUUCAUUCAUUACAGCGGAUGGAACAAAAACUGGGAUGAAUGGGUUCCUGAAAGCAGAGUUCUCAAAUAUGUGGACAGCAACCUUGCGAAACAAAAAGAGCUUCAGAAGGCUAAUAAGGACCACUAUGUUGAGGGCAAGAUGAGGGGUUUAGCACCAAGUAAGAAGAUUGCUGCUGUGCAGCACAAAAAUGUUGAUCUGAAAGUGAAAAAGGCAAAACAGAAGACCCCAGGGCCGGGGGAAGGUACCAGCAGCGGAGAAACGCUGCAGGGACCACGGAAGAAGAGGGCUCGGGUCGAUCCCACCGUGGAGAGUGAGGAGAUGUUCACCAACCGUGUGGAGGUAAAAGUGAAGAUCCCUGAGGAGCUGAAGCCCUGGUUGGUGGACGACUGGGACCUCAUCACUCGACAGAAACAGUUAUUUCAUUUGCCUGCUAAGAAGAAUAUAGAGACUGUCCUGGAGGACUAUGCAAUCUAUAAGAAAUCAAAAGGAAACUCCGACAACAAGGAGUAUGCAGUAAACGAGGUGGUGGCAGGAAUUCGUGAGUACUUCAACGUGAUGCUGGGCACGCAGCUGCUUUACAAGUUCGAGAGGCCGCAGUAUGCUGAGAUCCUGGCUGAACACCCAGACAUGCCGAUGUCGCAGGUUUACGGAGCUCCACACUUGCUACGGCUAUUUGUUCGGAUCGGAGCCAUGCUGGCCUACACUCCACUGGACGAGAAGAGCCUGGCUUUGCUGCUCAGUUACCUCCAAGAUUUCCUCAAGUACCUGGUGAAGAAUUCAUCCGCCCUGUUCAUUGCCAGUGACUACGAGGUCGCCCCCCCAGAGUACCACCGCAAGGCAGUUUGAGAGCUCUCAGCACACAGCGCUCCUCAUUCAGACGCAUCCUCCCAGUCGCCCAGAACACAUGUAAAAUAACCAUUAUCUUUUGAGUACAGACUGGCAGGAUGAGAUUUUCCACUUGAAAUGAAGCGCUUCCUCCUCCUCGGUCUCAGGAGCUUAUCACAGUUGUCAAAUAUUUGAAGUUUCACUGAACCUUGCUGAACCUUCCUUCUCUGUCUCUCUCUCUCCUCCCCCUUUGUUCUUUUUUUUUUCUCUCUCACUUCUUUGAAAAGACUCAAGAAACAAUGUUCUCACUGUUGUGAAGUUACUGUUCCACAAGCAGCUCCUUGGUGUUUUUGGUGCAUUCCAUCAGAUAUUUGUUAUUGUUGCAUGCAUGUAUUUAUUAGUGUUUCUUCUGCCACACCGGUGCAAUCAAAUGCUGGACCACCAGGUCAACAUUCAACAGUUACUGUUUUUGUAUCUCUAUCUUGUGUAUUUGUAUCGAUUUGUAAAAAAAAAAAAAAAAAGGUUUCUACACAAUCUCUGCUUUGUUUUACUUUGUCCUCGUGUUCCUGUCCUGUCGAUUAUUUUGUUUCAUCACUGUUCUCUCUGGAUUCAUUACAUGUGUUUUUGCUGAUAAAAUGAGCUGAAAACCUGGAGGAGCAGCAGCUCACAGUGGCAUCAACACACAGCUCACCACUGCACCACAGCACAUCAGACAUCAAAGACUUCAAAGACCCCGUGGAACAUGGUUUAAUAUUCAUCUGUCAAGACAGGAGCAAAAACAUCAGUCUUUCAUGCACAUGUGUUCAGCUCAGGAAAUGUAUAGGUUGUGCCACGUGAAGGAGUCCUAAUCCUCAAGAUGUGCAAAUGGGAAAAAAUCCAAUAUGCCCGUAGCAAUACUUUUUAACCCUUUGUUAAACCAGGGUGUGGGGGGAGCAUCUCUAGGAUUAGUUUGAAGAAAUUCAUCCCCAUGACAUUAACAGUGUUUUCUAAUUUACUUAAAACUUUGGGGAAUGCAACCCUGAACAUUUGAGUAAAUAUAUUCAGUUACAUGUGGAGUAAGAUCUUAUUUUUCAGUUCUGU